UAAUGGUGUCAGCGAGUACCGAACGGACGUACGCAUGCCCCGCGACGUCAUCCUCUCAGGAACUGCAUCGCGUAGGGAUGAUGCCUUGCAAGUGACACCGCGGCGAGGAAAUGCAGCUCGCGCAUUUCUCGCAUGUAACCCGGAAUCGAGAAUAGAGUUGUUGCUCCACGCGAGACGAAGGCAGAGAUGAGGGAAAAUGACAGAGCUACAUUAUGUUUUUUAUUGGUACUUGCGCUAUGCACGAGGGUUUAUUCGGCGACCGCCAGGCACAUAAUUACCAAGAGAAAUUACAGUGACCAAAGUGUAAGGGGCUAUCUAGCGGAAAGGACCUGCUGGUGGAACGAGGUGUGCAAGGAAGAAUUUCAUAGCAAGUUCCGGUGUCGCUGCCCGAGAUGGUCCUAUUGUCGUGCACCAGGAAGAUAUUACGACGCGCACUGCAGCAUGACACGCACAGGCUACAUAUGGACCCAACCAGAAACAUCGUUAAGCCUCGAAAUCGAUAAAUAAACGACGCUACGAAGUAACAACCCUGCGAAGAAAGAGAUAGGUGACUUAGAAAGAAUCGAUUUUCUAAAGCCGCAAAAUAAAGGAUGGCCAUGCGAAAGAAAUCAAACACUUCCCGUUUAAAAUCAAAAUCGGCGUUCGCAAGAGUUUCGCAGAUUUAUUCACCGGUUAACACAUGACACGAUUGCUCCAAAGGUAAUUUUCUAUUAGCAGCUUUGUUUAGGGCACAGACGGGAAUAUUGUAAUGUUCAAAGGAUGAUAUUGAAAAGAGAACAAUGUGAACAUUUGGAAGAGAGCAACCUGAUUCACAUUAGCGCAUCGACGAACACUUACGCUGCCAAGAAUUUAUAAUUACUGUGUUAUAUAAACUUGUUGUGAUCACUAUUAAUAAAGCUCUAAUGGUGUAA